GCUAGCGGUGAUGAACACACUGAACAGAGAUUGAAGAUACUCAGUUGAGCCUAUUUUCUUCGCGAAUUUAAGGUAUACUAAGAUACAUGUAUUUUGUUUUUAAUCACUUCAGUUAAUGAUAGGCAGAGCUGUUCGUGGACGGGGUUGAUAAAUUUGUGUAUUUGACUAAGGAAGAGUUAGUUAGACUUGGCCCUCGAACUGGUUCAGAAACAGACCAUCUAUACCAGCAGCUUUAAUUGGCCCAAUGUUUUUGAAGGUAAAACCCCUUCAGUUGACAUAAUGUCGAUGUUCACAGCAUUAUAGUACACCAGACAGGAUAAUCGAGGACGACAAUUUGAGACUAUUUUGACAUCAAUCGAGGUAUGCAGAGAACAGUUUUUGAUUACGUAAUGUACAAUGAGCGCGCAACUUUGCCUCGAGACUUUGGAGUGUUUUGAUGGACAUAGUCCGCGGAAUGUAAACGGCUUGGUGAAGUUUGUAGAGAUGUUUAGUUUGACGAUGCUAGGCAUGCUAGUGUUGUAUUAACGGGAUUUGACUGUAUACGUAACAAAUACUGUAUACCAGCUGGAAAAACAAAGGGCAAAUAUUGCGAUAACUUUCCACAAUUGGCACCACGAUGAUUUCAUUUUAGUACUAUAGCUAGUUCUUAGGCCAGAUUCCAGUUCGUUUUUCAAGUCUUUUUCAGUUCUAACUUGGUGAUCCCAGUGAGCAGCCCAUUCCUGAUAUAUAUAUGGGCUCAUGCAUCUUGCAAAUGAACUAUUGUGGGUUUUUACCAUAAACAUCAUACAAAUUAGAAUGGACGGAAGUUUUGUUCCGAGAAAGUUCAAAGAGCUAGGUUCGUUAACUUAUCAGGGGCACCCAACGUCAAUUUUUGGAAAAUAUCUGUUCGGAAGACGAUUUGAGAUCUAGAAUUUUCGGAACAUCUUUGUUGUAAAAUUUCUUGCUUGCAUGCCUCUCCUAGGAUUUUCGAACAUCUAAAAAAUGGUAUAAUUGCCCAUUUUUAACGGAUUUUUACCCUAAAAAGGUCACCUAGAAUUUUUCGGAGCCUUUUUUCUGGCUGAAAUUUUCGAAAAGGUAAGUUUUGAUCCCUGUCAGGAGCCCAUCAAAUGGAGCCUCCAUCUCCCAUACAAGCCCUUGGAGUCAACCCUUUCCCGAGUAGAUUUAUAAUUAGAACGGUUCCCAGGGGAGACUUCGCGCGCCGACGGUGGGAAGAGCCAAUCACAACCACGAAAUGACACUGCUAUUGUACUUAAUCAAACAGCAGGAAAUCCGGUGCUGACAGGCCAAACACAAUCAUGAGCUACUGAAACGUGACUUAAGCGUUUUCAUCCCUCAGAGAUUUUCCUUUUUUUCUUUCUAGCGGGUAGAUUAUACUGUAGAAAGUUUUACACUCUGACUAUGUUAAUCUUAAUUUUGGUCAAAUUUCUAGGUUUUUUUUUCCGAACUGCGUUUAUCUGAAUAAAUACUUGUAGUCCUUGUGGUUGUUUUGUCCGUCAGCUAGUGUGAUGAUUCCCUGCUAUGUUUUGUGACGCCGGGCCCAGCCAUUGUUUUCUCGCAAAAAAGUGAUCUACAGAUGCGAAUUCGAAGGAAGGAAUUGAGCCUAAACUUCUACAUUAACUGCUGAAAAUUGUCCUGUUAUUCAGUCAUAAUUCUUUUGGCGCAGAUACAAUCCAUUUUGUUUUUCUUGAGAUAAGUGGGUCUUUGGACUGGAGCGCGAUGUCACAAAUUCCUCCGUUAGCAAAUUACGGUUGAGUUAACUUCACGGUCGAGCAACUGUUGUCUUCUGUUCAAAUUUUCAAGCGCUUGUUUUAUCAGACAACUCUCAUGGUGAUACAAGUCAGUUGUAAAGGAAGACUGCAAUUUCUGAAAUUUCGGAACUGAAGCAUUCCUCGUUACUUGCUACUUAGGUCAUCGCUUUUGCACGCGGUGCUUAACUGGCGAAAUCCACUCCUCGGUGAUGACAAAAAUCAUAUGAUCCUGGCACUUUUUCGUCGCUGGUCAUCGAAAAGUUUCAAGUCGUCCACAGAACGUUUAAUCGUCGACUCUUUUCAAGGUGCAUGCUUAAAUGUGGGAUGUAUGACGGCAAAAAAAAAAACACUCCCAAAGAUAACCUUUCCGUGAUCCUCAGUUCGCUGCCUUUGUCCCAUCGCUUCAUGCUCAGUCUCAGUCGGGUAAUUCAUUAACUUUUAUUUCAUGAUACCCAGAUCCCAGCGGCUGUAAAAUUGUAAAAACGGACGUAAAGGAAUAAAGGAAAACGGUCGAAAGACGGGCUUCUGAGUUCGACUUCAUCCAAUUUUAUUUUUUCACGUUGACAUACGAGACUCACGGAAAUAUGACACUUUUCGCGGGAAACUAGCCGUUCUAUUUAUAAAUCUACUCGGGAAAGGGUUGACUCAAGAAAUUAAUGGAGAUGGAGGCUCCAUUUGAUGGGCUCCUGGGAUCCCUGUAAUUUUCGGAUCACUAGACUUUCAGCUAGGAAACUCGAACAGAUGAAAAAUCUUUAGGGGAUAAAAAUAUGCCUAUAUCUACCGUUUAAAUACUAAAACAGAAAACUCUGAUGAAAAAUAUCCGCGCACUGGGGGUCGCACUUAAGCGAUUUGUUUUCGGUCGGUCCGAUUAGGGGGUGUUUACAUGAGAAAACUCGCACCGGCGCGAGUUUCAUAAGGGGAUGUUUUUUUUAUUUCGUAUCGUGUUUACAUUAUGACUGGGUCAUUUCAUAUCUCUUUAUUUGAGGCUCCGUCUCACAAGCCCUUGCACAUGUAAUAAAUCUAAAUCUAAAUCUAAAUAUCGUUAUGUCGGCAAAAUCGUUUGGGACAUCACGCCAACUCUAAGAUAAUAAUAAAUAAAACUAUACUAGAAUAUACAAAACUAUUAAAAACUAUUAAAAAACUAUUAAAAACUAUUAAAAAACUACUGAUAAAAAGAAAACUAAAUUAGUUUGCUUUCAAAAAUACAGAGGGAUUGGCUGGAAACAGUUUCUUCUGGAAGUUUGUUUCAUUCAGUUAUUGUCCUGGGAAAAAAAGAAAAUCUAAAAAUAUCUUAUUUGCCCUAGAUGUGAUUGUUUCAAUGUGUGGUGACCACCUCAUUUUGUUAUCGAGCACUACCCCCAGAUAAGGGUGAGAUUCCACUUCUUCUAGGAUUUGUCCACAAAAUACGUAUUCCCGCUUUGGUGGAUCUCUCCUGGUUGUAAAACACAUGAUCUUGCACUUUGAAGGAUUAAAUUCUAUCUUCCACUUUUGUUGCCAAUCUUCUAAUCUAUACAAGUCCUCUUGGAGAUCGGCUGUGUCCUCAUCACAACAAAUUGUCCCAUAUAACAAUGCAUCAUCAGCAAAAAGUCUAACAGUAGAGUUAAGACUAUCAGGUAAAUCAUUUAUAUACAUUAAGAACAGUAGCGGUCCUAAGACUGUUCCUUGGGGAACACCAGAUGUCGUAACUACAGGGGCAGAUGAUGGCCCCUCAAUUACCACUGAUUGGGUACGCUGUGAUAGAAACGAUUCAAACCAGUUAUGUGAACGUUAAAGAACCCACACACUCUUCGUAAAGAGUAGGGCACGUAAUGCCCGGUGUAGUGGUCUAUCUCACUUUCACACUCCUGUAUGGGGGCAUCAUCACUCAUUCCUUCAGUACUUGUAAACUGCACCUUAAGCAGUCUGGCAAAGUCCCGCAACCAGUGUUGUAAAUUAUCCCUGAAAAGCCCUGUGGGGAGUGGAUAAUAAGAUAUUUACAAUUUACAAUUUACUCACGCCGAGGUGACUCGCGCCGGCAUGAAAUUUUGUGGUGGCAUGAUGUAAACAAAUGUAGAGCCACGAGAGGGAACCGGUGUGAACUCACUCCGGGGCGAAAGUCGUCCUGGUGUCAUGUAAACACCCCCUUAGACCCCCCCAAAAUUGGCACUGACCAAUAUUUUUUGGGUUGUGUUCUGGUCGCACAUGAAGCUACAUGACAAGGUUAAAUUCUUGUGUAAACAUUGAUAAAACGCACAUGUAAGCUUAAGCAAUGAUGAAAAUGUUUUGAUUUCGUUUCGCACGACCUCAGUUUCAACUUGUAAAUCAUUUUGACGAAAAGAAUUAGUUUAAGGAUUAGAGCAGGUAGAAUGUAAAGAAAUGUAAGAAAACCAUUUUUUUGAAAGGUUUUAAAAUUUUGCUAGAAAUUGUGAAAGUAGAUAACUGAGGUUUUACCCAUUUUUAAACGACCAAUCAUAAUUCUCGCCUUGGGUAGUAUACUGAUUACGGGUUUUUCCCGUGUCGGCCGCUAUUCUUCUUGUGAGUUUACUGGGUUUCACUUUCACUCAGACGACCGGCGCGCGGUACACAAAAGAUUGACUUGUUUUCGAUGAAAUCAAUUUACUGCUAGCGGUGGUGUGCACAGUGAACUGAGAUUGAAGGUGCUUGAGCGUCUUUGUGUAAGUUAGCUUAAUUUCAAUGUAUUUUUAUCACUUUAUUGAAAGAAUAAGGCAUGCAGUUCGUGAGUUGUUAUGUUAUGCCUUCUACCGAGUAAAUCGUCUGUUAACAGGCUGUGUUAAGAUCGAGGUUCGAGGAUCGAGGUCCCAUGUCUGUUGUCUACGGAUGGAGUUAUUUUAGGGUUUGGGAAUUAUUGUUGUCUCUAAAUUGUGCUCGCCGAUUCCGCUUUCUAUUCUAGGCGGGAAAUAAGUAUAGUAAGUCAACUAUUAUUUAUAACCUUACAACUGAACUCACCUACGCUGCUGACAACUCACCUGUUUAUUUUAUCAGGAAGAUCUACCAAGAUCCACCUUAAGGGCGAGCUUCCCAGUUUAAAGGGAAGCUAGAGUGCAUCGAUCAUUCAGCCUCAGACAUGGUUUAUACAGAAGAGCAGUUGAACUUCUUCAAGUUUUCAACCCUUAUCGUCGAUGAAUUCCCUAAAGCUCUACGCCAGACAUUCAAACACAUGUGGGAAAAUUUUGGACCAGGAUCGAACUGGGAUGACUCAGAAGGUGUGAGAGAUUCACUUCUGACCAAAGAGGGAGGCAAAACCAAAGUACCUACAGGCAAAUCCUACAAGGAGUGGGAUUGCACCGCGCUGUUCCAUGCUACUAUCUACGCUCGGACGUUCGCUUUAUCAGACAGCAAAGGUAACCUUAAAACACUCAGUAAGUUGUACGUAGAGCCCCGAGGGUCCAUGCCAGAUGGAACUUUCCACGGUUCUGUGCUAAGUCCGACUGGAAACCAAGCGGAAACAUUUGCUCUGGCGAUUGAUCAGCUGCGACUUUUGCGAAACUCUUUGUCUCAUUUGACCAGUUCAAAAAAAAUUAACGAAACAACAUUUGACCAGUACACUGAACUCGCAAAAGAUGCGUUCGAAGCUCUUGGAGUGGCAACAGACUCGAUUGAAGACGUUAAAAGUUUACCCCCGGAUCACUUUCCCACAGAGGAGGUCGCCAGGCUGAAGAACGAAAACCUUCUUAUGAGAGUCGUAGCCAUGCUUUCCAUUCUAUUUUCAGUUUUUCUCCAACGUUUGGAUGACUUCAUUUCAGGUGUUAUCCGGAAACUUGUGAAUGACUUCAAUUCAUUUUUUCGGCGAGUUAAUGAGGAAAUCGAGUCAGGUUUUCCUCGCCGACUUUUGGAGGGUAGCUUCUACAAAAAAAUACCAGAAAGCAACAAAAUCCGUCGUAUUUCUAAUAGUAGGGACCUUACGAUCCGACAACGGCGACGUCGGUGAAAACGUCGCUGAAAACUAGAAUUCACAUCCUUUUAAACUAUUUUCAUGUUUAUCCCAAUUCGCCCUAUACUUAAAAGAAGGGAAUUUUGGUUGGAGCUGAAGAGAGGGAACCGCACCCGAGUUACUAAGACAGAGAUGGUAGAAUUUAUCGCCUUGCCGUUCCUGUUUUCAAGUAAACUUAAAAUUUGGUCAUUUCAUGUCGUAGUGGUGCAGGGACAGAAAAGAAAUGUACAAAAAAGCGUGAUGCACGUGCAGAGUUGUUGUUUUGCUCAUUAAACCUAUUGUUUUUUUGACGUUCUCCUUGCCGUCGCUGUCGUAGUUUCGUAAGGUCCUUACUCCUCGGGAAAGGCCACUUCUUGAUACACUAAAUUCAACGGAGAUGUAUUCCUGAGUUUUAUCUUGCUUAAAACUACACAGCGUUCAAAAAUUGGCGGGUCCGAAAUUCGGUGCUGUACAGCUCAAAAUUAAAUAGGUCUCUUCGGUAGCGCUUUAUUGUUCACUACAGUUCAAAAUUGUAACAUUGAGCCAAGGGUCCGAUUUUCGGACCCUAUGUUUGAUCCUUUGAAACCAGGGGUCCGAAAUUCAGACCCUAUCGAUUGAAAUGUGUUUAUUUUGCUGUCAAGUCUUAUACAGCGCAAAAAAAAGUAUAUCUUGAAAUCAAGGAUCCGGAAAUUAAUGAGGGAGCAGGAUUUCAGUUUAGUUGGCUUGUAAAAUUGAUUCUUAACUGUAUUUGAAAACAUCUUGUCCACUUUUUAGUUUGCACUCCUUUUUCAUCUUGGCCUUCUACACUACUCUGGAAGUCUCCACAUAUUUAUAUUUAAUUAUUCGCUCGAGAGAAAGAUUAUCAGAGUAUCCUUGAACGUUAACCGCUACAAACACGGGAUUUUCAUAGGGACCAGCACACACCUACAGAAGAUCGAUAUUAAGCAGAAAGAAAAGAGUACCAUUAUUAGUACAAUGCCUAUGGGAAUUUCUUUGGCUUUUGCGUAUUAAUAGACGAUUUAUUUCUCGAAAGCAUAAAACUUUGUUGCGUAACCCACCGGUACAGAGAUCAAACUUAGUUGUCGGUCCUUGAUAUCCCGACAUCUCAACAAAAUGUUUCCAGCGAGGUCAGGUUGUAAAGUUCUUUUUUUUUCCUAUAGACCAGUGUUAUUAGUUGGUUUACUAUGUUUGUUUUUUUCACGCUGGUCAACGUAUUUGGUACCUAACAUCUACAUCCUUUAAAAGACAUUUUAAAAGUGCCAAAGGUCAACACAAUACGCUUUGGACUCAAUUCCUGACGGUAUCUGUCAGGCGCCCAAGAUCUGGGACAACAACUUGCCUGAUGUUGUAUAUAAGAGCAUUGAUCCGAUUUUAACACGUUCAGAAAACUGUUAGAAAAUGAGUCAUUAUUUUGUACAUUGUAUCGACGAAUCGUCUUUUUAAUCAAUUUUGUGACCAAUUUUUAACAGCAUUUUAUGUGUGAUAACUUCUUUUUAAUUGUAAAUAGCUUUUAUAUUAUAUUGUCUUCAUAAUUUCUACCUCUAUAUUAUUUUAUUUACGGUGGCAUCCCACUGUGUAGUUAUAACCUACGAAAUUCAGACUUCUUUAUUCCUAGAUUCAAUACCGUGAAAUAUGGCAGACACUCGCCUUGAACCAUUUUUAUGGUCCAAAUUGUCUAAAAAGGAAAGGGGACCUAGCCACAGCUGUCGGCUUUCAAAACAAGUAUUCGGAAGAAAGACCUUUCAAGCCUCAUAGCUGCGAAAAGAUGUUCAAAUUGUAACUUGUGUAAUACUUGAGACCCUACUUGUUAAUUUACUUUCAGG